UAUAUUUCGGGGACAAGUUCAAAGUUCACGAGAAGAAGUCAAGUAAUUUAUUACACCGCGAUGCCCGGGGGUAAAGGAGGCAGCGAACAGGGAGAAAAAAAGUGAGAUGUUAAACUGCAGCAUUUCAGACACAGCGGAAACACUGAUAUUAUCUUUAUAUUUAUAAUGUGGAGUUUAGCGGUCACUGUUCUUUUGUCCAUUCAAGGGUCCGUUUGGUCAGCUUAUCCUUUCGACUUUUCAGAGCGGGAAUGCAGAGAUCUGUUCCCGGAAAGGAUCGGAAAAGAUUCAUUAAAUGUUGGAAACGCUCACAGUGAAGAGAUUUUUACGAUUGAACCAUCUGAAACCAUACAUGGAUUUAACUUCGGAAGCACUCAAGUUUUAAUAAAGGCCAACAGUAAAUGGCGAAUCCAAGGAAUCAUAAUGCAGGCAAGGGUUAUCGGAAACUGCAAAGACCCGCAGCAGAAACAUCCGGUUGGACAUUUUGAGGUCCCUGAAAACCACCAAUUCCUGCGGGCAGCGAACUGCUCAGGCGAUCAAUUUAAAACUGUUACUCAUAAAAAAUAUCCAAUUAAUACAGAUUCCAUUGUCAUCAACUGGUUUCCACCUGAAAAUUUCAAAGCAGAGGUGUAUUUUGUAGCAACAAUUGUCUCAGGGAAAAAUGAGUUCUGGACAGGCAUUGUGAGUCAUACCAUCCGACACAAGGACAAACCCGUCACCCCCGGGCAUCCUCAGUGUCCCAUGCGCAGCAAGUACCGCACCUCAGCAACCUCGCGACCAUCCCCUCAGGGAAGCACAGGGAGAAUUCUUCAUCCAAACAAUCUAUUAAUCUGCACCCUCUUGACCGCCAUUCUUUGGACUGUGUAUCAUAACUGACAAAUGUGAAGUUAUUCAAUGUUUUUUUUGUACAUAAAUUUGCAGCAUGGUUUGUUUUAGACAGAAUAUAAUUCAAUAUAUAGGAUACUACAGAAUUUACUCGUAUGUAAAAGUAUCAAAAUUUUUAGGAAUGUCGAAGAUAUACAUUUAGACAUAGUAUCUGAAUUAAUUGUAAGCUAUCCAGCAAAUUAGGCAGUCCCUGGUGUAUGAAACUAUGCAUAGGUCAUAUACUUGUACACGCUGUGUAUAUAUGUGGCCUUGCAGAUAUACUGCAUACUGUUAAUAAAGUAGAUUGUUAUACCUUUAAACAAUUUUUCCCAUAAAAAUCUAUACGGAAAAAGUCUAACAUUUCUAAUGUUUGACUGAGCGAGCAUAAAAAAAAAAAUCGUCGAUUCGACGUUUGACCGCUGAGUGAGAUGUUGGGCCUGUCGAUGAGAUGUUGGACGGCUUACAUCACACAGUGGGCGGAGCUUAAUUUCAUUUGCAUUCGUUGGUGUUCAAGAGUGACAAACCUGAGGUCACAAUACGAAAAGAAGAACAAGAUACAUGCUAAAAAAAAAAGAAAAGUUAUGAAAAUGAAAGGUAUAACAAAACAAAACAUUUAUUGACUGUGUUCUCGGGCAAAAUGCGUUUUGUCGACCCCCGAACCAAACUGUCUGCCUUCGACAGCCUCAUGCAAACAGUUUGGUUCUUGGGUCCGACAAAAUGCAUGUUGCCCUCGAACUCAGUCAAUAAAUAUAUAAUACUACGUCUUCUCUUCUUUUACUCUGUCUGAAGCCAUACAUUGUUUAAUGUAUCAUGUACCAAUAUCCUCAAAGAUUAUAUCUAUUAAAAGAAACUUCUUAAAGGUUUUCUAGAUCUUUUGAGGGGUAAUACAUUAUUCCCGAGCAUCCAAUUGACAAGGCGCAUGUGGACAGCACAUCUUUAUGGAAUAUCUAUUGGAAAUGACCAAUGUCAGGCAAUUCGAAGGCCGAAAAAUGUAGCAUUAUAGUUGAAGCUCAUAUUUGUACACAUGUACUUAAAUAAAUGGAUUUGAGCUGAAA